AUGUACGUAGAAAAAUUCAAGAAGGGUAAUGAUACAGAUUGGUUCUUUAUAUCGAAGAGGAACAAGAUGGGUAAAGGUGGAAAAAGGCAGAAACGUGUCGACAAAGGCGGAUACUGGCACUCAAAAGUUGCUUCCAAGAAGAUUGACGCUGGGCAAGGCCUCGUUGGUUACAAAACCGCACUAUCAUACUACGUUGGGAAACAACCAAGGGGCGUAAAAACUAGUUGGUUGAUGCAUGAAUACUGGAUUGAUCAGUGUCCGCCUUCUGCUGAUGAAGACGUAAAGGACUAUUCUUUGUGCAAGAUCUAUCAUAGUACACAAGCAAUAAACAAGAAGAAGAAAGAAGAGGAAGAAGAGAAUGAGGAGCAGCAGCCUCCUACUGUCGAGUAUCAUCAACCGCAGCAGUUUCCGCAUGCCCCUUUGGAUUCUUACCAACCGCAGCCUCAUCAUGAUAUUGCGUAUCAACAACAACUUUUGUUUCAGCCAGCCCCGCUGGAUUCUUAUCAACCGCAGCCUCGUGAUUUGGCGUAUCAACAACAGCAGCAGCAGUUUUGGCCAGGCCCGCUAGAUUCUUACCGACCGCAUCAAUGGUCAGGCCCGCUAGAUUCACACCAACUGCAGCCUUAUUAUGAUUCUGCGUAUCAGCAACUUUUAAGAACACUAGAGGGAGAAAAUGGUGGCGUUCAACAACAGCAACCGAGUCUUCCUCCUCCUCCUCCGCAAGGUCAAGAUUCAAGAUCCGGGAUGGUGAUGACCCAAGAAGACGUGUUGGAUACGUCCAAGGAUGACGACUUAUUUGACAUGAUCGAUGCAUGGUUAAAAAAUGUGGAGGAACAACAGCAUGGUGUCGAUACUCAGCAACAACAACAAGAGCAAAUAAUGUGGAAGAGCAUGGUGUCAUUACUCAACAGCAACAACAACAACAGAGAGAGAGUAGCAUACUUUAUAGCUCUGACCGAAACCCUCUGA